UCAGCCUGGAUUCGGCCUGGAUUCGAGGCUAAUGUACACUGUGCAUGUAUGCCAGUAAUAUAAAGUUUUUGCCUGCCACUGUUGUGCAUAGUACAUGGCAUCCUCAGUAGGUGAUACUUUCCUUUCCGACGUACACGUUGGAACGUUUGGAUCAUUAUCAAAUCAAGGCACCCUUAUUACACGAUUUAUUUUCCAUCUGCAAAAUAAUUCUUCAUUAGACUUCUUUUCUGACGAUCAACCUACUGAAGACGUGGAUGGAGACAUUGAAGUCGCUAGAAGAUCAUCUCUGUUUGAGAACGGAGUACUGAGCAUUGAGCAUGCCAUGUCAACCACACUUCCCAAUGUGGGACUGCAAGUGUGGAGAGGAGCACUACUAAUGAGUGAUUACCUACUGGCUCACUCGGAAAGUGUAGAAGGAGCCAUUGUGCUGGAGCUGGGGGCUGGCACUGGGCUGGUUAGUCUAGUUGCAGCCAUAGCCGCCGCACAGGUGUUCUGUACAGACACUGGUAAAGAAGUGAUGGAAGUAUGCCAGCGAAAUGUUAUUAGGAAUUCUAAUGAAGUAACUGGAAAUGUGUUGGUGAGGGAAAUCAAUUGGACACAGCCAUUUGUCAGUUCCUUAUCUGAUAGCACAAUUCCUGGGUGGACAGAAAAUGACUUGAGACAACUUUCUAUGGCUGAUUACAUUGUUGCCACUGAUGUGAUAUACAGCGACAAAUUGACCGAUGCUUUCCUGUCUUGCUUGGCCCAACUUCAUUUUAAACUGAACAAAACUCCUACUAUAUUGCUCGCAUUUGAAAGAAGAAUAAACUUCACAAUAGAGGACUUAGCACCUGUGGCUCCAGCAUACAAUCAUUUUAUGAGUUGCUUGGAAACCAUGUACUCGACUGGCAAUAAUGGAGUGGCUGUAUCGUUCAAAGCAGAGCAACUCUCAACAGAAUUUGAGCAAUAUUUCGAAUACAAACGUGUUAAAGAAUUGGAAAUAUGGAAACUUCAUAUGACAGAAGUACAACUGGAUACAGUGAACAAAAAGUCAAAACCAACGUGCUCGAAGAACUGAAUAAUGUCGCGAGCCACAUCGUCCUUCAACAUUAUCAUGUGCUUUGACUGUGUGAAAAAUAUGCAAUCACAACAAACACUGAAUUUAAUGUUAGGUUGUUAUAAUUCUUACCAUGUUUUCAAGCAGAGAGCAGAAACAUCUUUUUGCAUAAUACCAAGUGUCUGUACCAAGCUGGUAUAAUUAUAAGAAAGAGAUAAGACUAUAUAUAAAACA